UUCCGGCCGCGAGAGGCACACCCAGGACCCUGACGCGUGAGUGUGGACCGCGCCUUCCUCAGCCGACCCAGGAACUCGGAUCCGCCCCCCCGGCCGGAGAUGAACCGCAGUGACUCUUCCCUCCUGGCCACCAUCGUGUACUAUAGCCAGGAAAAGUACUUCCACCACGUGCAGCAGGCCGCAGCGGCGGGCCUGGAAAGAUUCAACAAUGACCCCGUGUUGCACUUCUUCAAAGCCUAUGGCCUCCUCGGGGAAGAGCGCAUCCAGGAGGCCAUCGGCGAGCUGCAGAGCAUGCGAAGUUACCCGGACGUCGCCCUGUGCUCCAUCAUGGCCCUCCUCUACGCCCACAAGUGCUGCGAGACCAUCGACCGAGAAGCCGUCGAGGAGCUGGAGCACAGCCUAAAGGAAACCCGCACCUCAGCCAGUGCUUCUGCGCGGUACUACGCCAGCCUCUUCCUGUGGCUCGCUGGCCACCCCGACAAGGCUAGGGAGUACCUCGACCACAGCCUGAAGGCUUCCAACGGCUCUGGAGAGGGCUCUGUGCUUAGAGGCUGGGUGGACCUCUCCUCAGACAACCCCCAGGUUGUGAAGAAAUCCAUCAAGUAUCUGGAGCAAGGACUGCAGGACAGCAAAGAUGCGCUGGGACUGAUGGGAAAGGCCAGGUACCUUAUGACGCAGUACAACUACUCAGGGGCCUUGGAGGUGGUGAACCAGCUCGCCGUAGCCUCCGCCAACUUCCUGCCCGCCCUCGUCCUCAAGAUGCAACUGUUCCUGGCCCAGCAGAACUGGGAGCAGGUGGUAGAGACAGCAUACAGAAUCCUCGAAAGGGACCAGAACAACAUUGAUGCCUACCAAACUCUAGCUGUGUAUGAGCUUGCAAGAGAAGGAAACAUGACCACAGCUGUCGAGCAUGUUAGUAACCUGAUUAUGGCACUAGAGAUGAGAGAGCCCCAGAAUCCAAGCCUGCAUCUUAAAAAAAUCCUUGUGGUCAGCCGGCUGUGUGGGAGGCACCAGGCUGUCCUCCACCAGGUGGGGAGCUUCCUGGAGCGCAUCUUCCUGGCCAAGCCCUCCUAUGCUCAGGUGGCCACUGAGCUGGGCUACCUCCUCAUCCUGCGGAAUCAAGUGAAGGAGGCAUUCCUGUGGUACUCCGAGGCCAUGAACCUGGACGGGAACAGCAAGGCUGCCCUGACAGGGAUCAUCUGGUGCCAGAUCUUGGAAGGCCACCUGGAGGAGGCUGAGCACCAGCUGGAAUUCCUGAAGGAGGUGCAGCAGUCCCUGAGGAAGUCUGAGGUACUGGUUUUCCUGCAAGCUCUUCUGGCAUCCAAGAAGAACAAGGGGGAUCUGGAAGUCACAGCGCUGCUCCAGGAGGCUGUGGAACUCCACUUCAGCAGCAUUCAAGGCCUCCCUAUGAGCUGCGAGUACUUCGAAAAGCUGGACCCCCUCUUCCUGGUCUGUGUGGCCAAGGAGUACCUGCUCUUCUGCUCCAAGCAGCCCCGGGCACCUGGCCAGAUGGUAUCCCCACUUCUUAAACAAGUCACCCUCAUCCUGACUCCUGUGGUCAAGGCAGCGCCCGCUCUGAUGGAGUCCAUGUAUGUGAUGGCGCAGGUCAAGUAUCUCUCAGGAGCAGUUUCUGUGGUCUUCCUAGGAGAGCUGGAGAAUGCGCAGAGCACCCUGAAGUGCUGCCUGGAACUGGAUCCCACCUUUGUGGACUCCCAUCUCCUCAUGGCCCAGAUCUGCCUGGCUCAAGGCAACUUGUCCAUGUGUUCCCACUGCUUGGAGGUGGGCGUCAGCCACAACUUCCAGGUCCGAGACCACCCCCUGUACCACUUCAUCAAGGCCAGGGCACUCAACAAGUCCGGAGACCAUGCAGAGGCCAUCAAGACCCUGAAAAUGAUUGUGAGAUUGCCCUCUAUGAAGGUGGAAGAAGGCAAGAAGUGCCGAGGGCCCUCCCUGCAGCCCAGCGAGCGAGUGUCCAUCCUCUUGGAGCUGGCGGAUGCCCUCCGGCUGAAUGGGGAACUGCACGAGGCCACCAAGGUCAUACAGGAUGCCAUCAACGAGUUCAGCGGUACGCCAGAGGAAAUGCGCAUCACCAUCGCCAACGCGGACCUGUCCCUGAGCAAGGGCCAUGUGGACACAGCGCUGAGCAUGCUGAGAAACAUCACACCCAAGCAACCCUGCUACCUGGAAGCCAAGGAGAAGAUGGCUGACAUCUAUCUGCACACCCACAAGGACGCGAGCCUCUACGUGGGCUGCUACCGUGAGCUCUGCGAAUACCUGCCUGGUCCCCACUCCAGCCUGCUCCUGGGCGACGCAUACAUGAGCAUCCAGCAGCCCGAGAAGGCCCUGGAAGUCUAUGAGGAGGCCUGUAGGAAGAACCCACAGGACGCUUCCCUCAUCAGCAGAACCGGGCAAGCUUACGUGAAAACACACCAGUACACCAGGGCAAUUAACUAUUACGAGGCUGCACAGAAGAUGAGUGGGCAAGACUCGGUGUGCUGUGAUCUCGCCAAGCUGCUCCUGAAGCUGAAGAAAUUCAGCCGAGCAGAAAGAGUUCUGAAGCAGGCCCUGGCAUGUGAUGGGGCAGCCAAAGACAUCCCGUCCAUGAUCAAGGAUGUUGAAUACUUGCUUUUGCUUGCAAAAGUUUACAAGAGCCAUAGGAGAGAAGAUGUGCUGGAGACUUUGAACAAGGCACUGGACGUCCAGGCUCGGAUACUGAAGCGGGUUCCCCUGGAGCAGCCGGAAAUGCUGCCCUCCCAGAAGCAACUGGCCACCUCCAUCUGCAUCCAGUUUGGCGAGCACUACUUGGCCGAGAAGGAGUACGUCAAGGCGGUGCGGUCUUACAAGGAGGCCCUGUCUUUCUCGCCCAUGGAUAACCAGGUGAUGCUGGAGCUGGCGCGGAUCCACCUGCUUCAGGGGCACCUGGAUUUGUGUGAGCAACAGUGUGCGGCCCUCCUGCACACAGAGCAGACACAUGAGGCUGCGGCUGCGAUGAUGGCCGAUCUGAUGUUUCGAAAGCAGAAGUAUGAAGCUGCCAUCCACCUGUACCGCCAAAUCCUGGAAAAAGUGCCAGACAAUUUCUCUGUAUUGGAUAAACUGAUCGAUCUGCUGCAGAGAAGUGGCCAACUUGAAGAUGCUCCUGCCUUCUUUGAGCUAGCCCUCAGAGUCUCCAGUCGAAUACCUUUGGAGCCGGGGUUCAAUUACUGCAGAGGCAUCUACUGCUGGCACAUAGGACAGCCCAAUGAAGCCUUGAAGUUCCUAAACAAAGCACGCAAGGACAGCACUUGGGGCCAGCGUGCCACCUACUACAUGGUGCAGAUCUGUCUGAACCCAGACAAGGAGAUUAUGGGUGGAGAGGCUUUUGAGAACCUGUCUGAGAGCAACUCUGCCUUGAGGAAGGAGUUGGAGCAGCAGGGCCUGCGCACAGCUGUGAAGCUGCUGCUGGAGUUUGGCCCGCACACGGCCACAGCCCACACCCAGCUGCGGCUACUGCAGAAUCUCUGCCUGCUGGCCACUAGGGAGAAGGCAAACAUGGAGACAGCACUGAGCACAUUCAUCGAGAUGGCCCAGGCUGAGAGGGACAGCGUUCCUGCCCUGCUGGCCAUGGCGCAGGCCUACAUGCUGCUGAAGCAGAUCCCCAAGGCACGCACACAGCUGAAGCGCCUGGCCAAGGUUCCCUGGGUGCUGCCCGAGGCCGAAGACCUGGAGAAGAGCUGGCUCCUUCUGGCCGACAUCUACUGCCAGGGCGGCAAGUUCGACCUGGCCUCGGAGCUGCUGCGGCGCUGCUUGCAGUACAACAAGUCCUGCUGCAAGGCCUAUGAGUACAUGGGCUUCAUCAUGGAGAAGGAACAGUCCUACAUGGACGCGGCCACCAACUACGAGCUGGCCUGGAAGUACAGUCACCACGCAAGCCCCGCUGUGGGAUUCAAACUCGCUUUCAACUACCUGAAGGGCAAGAGAUUUGUGGAGGCCAUUGAAGUCUGCCACAGCGUCCUGGCAGAGUACCCCAACUACCCCAAGAUCAGAGAAGAGAUUCUGGCAAAGGCCCAAGGGUCCCUAAAGCCCUAGCUGUGGUCAGAGAAGGGCCUGGGCCAGCAGAAGCCUUACCGAGGGCUGGGCAAUAGGUGGGCAGAGAAGGGGGGAUUCGGGAAAGGGUGUGUUCCCCUGUUUCGAAACCAUGUGUGGCUUACCUUGAAUCACACCUCACCUGCUUUAAGGGGCAUCCCCAAGUGCCACUUUUUUUUCAAAAAUUUUUUUUUACUUAAAGGCAGAUUUUACAGACAGAGAAGGAGAGACAGAAAAAGAAAUCUUCCAUCCAUUGAUUCAUUCCCAAAGUUGUCACAUUAGCCAUGGUAGGGUUGAUCCGAAGCCAAGAGCCAAGGAACUUCUUAUGGGUGUUCAGUAUGGGUGUAGGGGCCCCAAGCACUUGGGCCAUCCUCCACUGUUUCCCCAGGUCAUAAACAGGGAGCUGGAUUAGAAGUGGAGCAGCUGGGACUUGAACCAGUACCUAUGUGGGAAGCUGGAACCACAGGUGAAGGCUCAACUUGCUGUAGCACAGGACUGGCCCCAAGCUUCACAGUUUUAAAACACAAAGUCAUUUUGGAGCUUCUGUAGGGCUCAUGGGGCACCUCCCCCACAGACUCUGGGAGGGGCUCGGGUGGACAGAGGUGCCCCAUCCGCCAUGGUAAAGUACAACGCCAGUGGCAGCUCACAGACACCUGCCAGUGGCUUUUCUUUCCCUCGCUGGAGCAGGCUUUUGUGUCCUUCCCUGUCCUGGUCGUCCUCAACAUCCUUCAGGGGCUAAAGCGAGGACACUGCUCCCCGGGGCCGGGCCGUGCUACCCACCAGGCCAACCUUGGCAGGGGGCCCAGGCUGCCAUGGGCAGAGGGCCCAGACAGGAGGGCCAGCUGCAUGAAGCCCCCAUAGCCAAGGUUGCAAGGGCCAUUGUCCCACCCUGGCUGUACAGUCUGCUCCUUCCCUUCCCCAUCCCCCUACUCAGGCUUCAGCUGGCUUCUGCCAGUCCUCACCAUUUGAGGCAACUCCAAUCUCUCUUGGCCUGGUGCAGAGAAGCACGGCCUAAGGAGAAACCAUCCCCACUUCAGCCUUCACAAAAGGCCGAAGCCAGCUAAUUCACCCUCCAGAAAGCCUCUCCUUAUGGCCCAAAGGGGCGCCCCCGCAUAGAUGAAUAAUGUCAUUGUAACUGGCCAGGGGUGGCAGAGGUCACCUUCCCCGUGUCCCAGUACUGCUCUUCCUGUUUUUCAGGAUGGCAGUAAUGGGCCUGUUUGGCCUCCGGAGAAGGAACUCUGGAGGCCUAAACUCUUCCCAUGUGACCUCGCCUCCUCUAGGUCUCCAUCUGUGGCAGCAGGAUGUUGGGCCAGACCUGUGUCUCAAAUCCUAGUGCAAAUCUCUGCCACCCGUGUGGGGUAAACAUUCCACAGUUGGUUAACUAUAGGUCCAUACAUUAUUA